AUGUUAGGUGCUUCCUGUUUCCUCUUUCACCAGUGACCCGCCGACAUGGGCCGCGUCCGCACCAAGACCGUGAAGAAGGCGGCCCGGGUCAUCAUCGAGAAGUACUACACGCGCCUGGGCAACGACUUCCACACCAACAAGCGCGUGUGCGAGGAGAUCGCCAUCAUCCCCAGCAAGAAGCUCCGCAACAAGAUCGCGGGCUAUGUCACCCACCUGAUGAAGCGCAUCCAGCGCGGCCCCGUGAGAGGCAUCUCCAUCAAGCUGCAGGAGGAGGAGCGCGAGCGGAGGGACAACUACGUGCCUGAGGUGUCAGCGCUGGAUCAGGAGAUCAUUGAAGUGGAUCCUGACACUAAGGAGAUGCUGAAACUCUUGGACUUCGGCAGUCUCUCCAACCUGCAGGUCACUCAGCCCACAGUUGGGAUGAAUUUCAAAACACCACGUGGAGCCGUUUGAAUCUUUCUGCUAUGCUGUAAUAUUUUCAAUAAACCUCGGAAAACAAAAAAAAAA